UGUGCACAGUCAGCCUAUCGUCCACAGCCUCGCAGUGUUUGGACGUGACUUCUGGCGGGAAAUUGUUUCCAUUGAGGUUUGCUGUUCCCUUGCGGCGAGGAUGAUCAGAAUUAAAGGCUCACAUUUCAAGGCAAGAUAGUUUUUCCUCUGCAAAAGUGCCAGUGUUUUCAAAGCGAGGUCCUGGCUGGCACCUGCAGCGUCAAAAUCACCAGGAUCCAAGGUGAAUGAAUAUAAGGAAAACCAGAACAUCUCUUACAUAUCUCAGAGACUAGUUUUAGAAAAAACAGCUAAGGUGUGCCUUGUCCCCUUUUCACUCAGUGAUUACAAGCCAGGUGAAUUUAAGCUCCCUAGAUCCCUGUUAGAUAAUUCUAACAACGAAGUGGCAUGUAAGAAAUAUAAGAAGACUGAAAUAAAGAAAACUUACAGAGAGAUUUUAACUCCAAAGAUGAAAGCCACUGCAUCUUCUAAGACAGAAUCCACUUUGCAAAAAUCAUCCUUAGAUGUUCACACAGAAAAUCACAAACAACACAUGAGCACUUCGGAUACAGUGCUUCUCAGCGUUGGGAUGGAAGGCAGUCUGGAUGGAGACAGCGAUGAAGAUACAUCAGGCCAGGAUGAUUUUUCAGGAUUGUCACCAUAUGAAAGGAAGAGACUGAAGAACAUAUCAGAAAAUGCAAACUUUUUUGCUUCACUUCAGUUGUCUGAGUCAGCCGCCAGGUUACGUGAAAUGAUAAAGAAGAGACAGCCUUCUGAAUCCAGAAGAAAGAAGCCCAAGAAGAAAGAAAAUGGGAUUGGAUGUAGAAGAUCAAUGCGAUUACUAAAUGUUGAUCCUUUAGGAAUUUCAUUACCAGAAACCCCAACCCAGCCAACAGUAGUAGAAGAUGAAAAUCCUUUGUUACCUCCUGGGCCUUUAGAAAUGACUCCUGCAAAUCGAGAUGAUAACAGUGAACUAUUUAAAGGAUUUCUACGGACUUGGGCAGAAGUGAACAAGACAAGUAGUAAGAAUUCUGAGAAGAGGUUAUCGAGCAUUAAAAGCUACAAAGCCAAUUUAAGUGGCAUGGUCAUUAGUGAAGAUACCGUUUGUAAAGUUACCCAAGGUUCAAUAUUCUCUAUGGCUCUUCAUCCAUCAGAAAUUAGAACUUUAGUGGCAGCUGGGGCCAGAUCUGGGCAAGUUGGACUUUGGGAUUUGACUCACCAACCCAAAGAAGAAGGAGUUUAUGUUUUUCAGCCCCACAGUCAGCCAGUUGGCUGUCUUUACUUCUCACCUGCCAAUCCGGCUCACGUACUGUCCCUGAGCUAUGAUGGCACGUUACGCUGUGGGGAUUUCUCCAAGGCUGUUUUUGAGGAGGUCUAUAGAAACGAGGGAAGUAGCUUUUCCUCCUUUGACUUCUUGGCAGAAGAUGCCUCCACUUUAAUAGUAGCACACUGGGAUGGAAGUAUGUCAUUGGUGGAUAGACGGACACCUGGAACUUCUUAUGAGAAACUUAUCAAUUCUUCUAUGGGAAAAAUAAGAACUGUUCAUGUCCACCCAGUGCAUAGACACUAUUUCAUGACUGCAGGAUUGAGAGAUGUUCAUAUUUAUGAUGCAAGGCACCUGAAUCCCAAGAGAAGCCAGCCUUUGGUUUCUUUGUCUGAACACACAAAGAGCAUCGCUUCUGCUUAUUUUUCACCUCUAACUGGUAACAGAGUAGUAACCACAUGUGCCGAUUGUAAGCUGAGAAUCUUUGACAGUAGCUGCAUAUCCUCUCAGAUUCCCCUCCUCACCACCAUCAGGCACAACACCAAUACUGGGCGAUGGCUGACCAGGUUCCGAGCUGUGUGGGACCCUAAGCAGGAAGACUGUGUCAUAGUUGGCAGCAUGGCCUAUCCGCGGCAGGUGGCAGUCUUCCACCAGUCAGGGGAGCAGGUGCAUUCUUUUCUUGGUGGAGAAUGCCUGGUUUCUGUGUGCUCCAUCAACGCGAUGCAUUCCACUCGGUAUAUUUUAGCCGGAGGUAAUUCCAGUGGGAAGAUCCAUGUUUUUAUGAAUUAAGAAAGUUGCUGGUUUUUUGCGUUAGCAGUACUAAUUUGUUCAAAUUAAUUGGUGUCUAUUUAGCAAAGAUUAAUUGCUUUAUUAAUAGGAACUAUGAGCAGAAUGUACUUUUAGUGAAGGAGAAUCCUUGGUUAUUUCUACGGGUUGGGGGAAAAUUUUGAGCGAGGCUGCAAUGCCUCCAGCACUUUAAUCAGGCAGUUUGUUGAGAAGCUGUAAUAUUAAUAGUUAUAAAGCUUUGAAUGAAGAGUAUUAAAGACUUUUGUGUUCUAAUAA